GCACCCAGAGCAGCUGAAGAGAGCAAAGCAGGGGACAAACACACUCUCACACUCUGACACACACAGAUUAGCACAAGCCUGUCAUAUACACCACACUCUCUUCCUGGGAUAUGAACCUUCUCGUCCUCACCUGUCUCCUGUGCUUCGUAGUCUGUGGUGCUCUUGGUGCUCAAGCAUUUGAGGCCACAUUCUCCAGUGGGGUAGUUGGCGUGACUGGGGGUCCGGCCUCUGGGGAGGACCUCCAGAGUUUGCAGAGCGACGAUGAUGAGCAGGAAGUAGAUGAGGAACUUUCAGGAGGAGACAACGAAAACUUCAGCCUUUUUGAAUCCAGCAGAAAUGAGACCAAGAAAAAGAAAGGCAAAGGCAAGAGGAGGAACAAGCACAAGAGCAAGAGCACCACUCCCUUCAACCCAGAGCACACGCUCUUCACCAGUGGACACUCAACUCUCAGCACCACAGAGGAUCCCUGCACCUCCACCCACCUGGGCUACUGCAUUCAUGGUUACUGCCAGCACAUAGAGGGCCUGCAGGAGCCAGUGUGCAUAUGUAUGAAGGGUUACGAUGGGGAGCGCUGUGGGAUCCAAACUCUGGGGACGAUUCAAAACCAGCCCGGCAACAACGCCGAGUUGGUGCAGACAGUAUUAGUGAUCAUCGCUGUUGUCCUGUCUGUCAUCAGCUGCACCGCCAUCCUGCUCAUGACCUGUGCUCAUUACAGGUCACAGAGAAAUUUCCUGGCAUCCUACCUGGGAACUGGGACAGAGCAGGAGAAGCUACAGAAACCCGUUAGUGACGUGGUGUGAGAGCGUCAAGUUACGAUGAGCCAGCUGCACAGGACUGGAGGAGUCUGAGGACCCGAGAAAGCAGUAGAGUGAAUAGACUGCUUCAUUAGAUGCUGUGUAAAAUAAACUACUGUCCAGAACUUGUUAGAAUAUAAUUUAUUUAGUGUGAUUAUUUAUUGCUGACAACUUUGUGAGUGUUUGUAUGCUGGACUGUUGUAAUGAUGUCUUUUAUGUGCGAAUGCUGAGCAUUCAGUCCUUUGAUGUUCUGUAGAUCUGGUUUUAUUUAUUGCACUGCCGUUGUUAUAGGUCAGACAAACGCUCUUCAUCUCACGCUGGAAAAGGGAUGGAAUUUGAUCACCAAUAAAGUAUCUCAGUGUUAUGUGAAGUCGUA